UGAUGAUGUAUUAAGGGGAAGAGUGAGUCAGUAUCCUUCUCUCUUUCCUCCUCAGAGGCAUCAGAGCACAGUGAGCAGAAAGAGACCCAGAGAGCAAGAAAGAGAGAAAAGCUGCUUUUGUCUUUGUUAUUCUCAAGACUUCUCCUUUCCAUCCACCCAAUACUUCUCUCGGCUCUUCUUCCUCUCCAACCGUUUCAAACACCCACAGAGAGAGAGAGAGAGAGAGAGUUGCAGUUACACAUAGGAAAACAGAGACGAAAGAAAUCGAAUGCGCCCGAUUGAAUCACCAUUUCUGAUCUUCAUCGCCUACCCUAUUCAAUUCGGAGACUUUGGAGCUCAUCCCCAUCUGGGUUUUUGAUUUCGCCAUCAAAGAACCAACCAUCAUGGCUGCCGCCACUUCGGCCGCGUCUCCUCUCUGCACGUGGCUGGUCGCCGCUUGCAUGUCGGUCACGUGCGACGGGGACUACUCCGCCCGGCCGUCACGUGCCAAGUUGGGUGGUGGCCGGAGACGGAGGCUGGCGAAAUGUAGUGGCAGCUACUGCUUAAGUAGUAGGGGCGGAUCCAGCAUUCAGGGCCUGAUGACUUCUUGUUUGGCGUUUGAGCCUUGCGAUGAGUACUAUAGCUCUCAGGGUUUAUCUUCUUUGGGCUCAAAUGGGCUGUCCUCGCUCUUUGGAUCCAAAACUGGGUCUUUGAAUCGAAGCAGGAGGCGCUUUAAUGCCCAUUCUGGGGAAACCAUGGCUGUUGCUGUGCAACCUACUGAAGAAUUAACAAAGCAAAAGAAACCUAUAACAAGACAGAGGCGAGUGGUUGUGACAGGAAUGAGUGUGGUGACCCCACUUGGUCAUGAUGCUGAUGUUUUCUACAAUAAUCUGCUUGAGGGUGUUAGUGGCAUUAGUGAGAUAGAAGCUUUUGAUUGUUCCCCAUUUCCUACGAAAAUUGGUGGAGAGAUCAAGUCCUUUUCCACUGAUGGAUGGGUAGCACCAAAGUUUUCCAGAAGAAUGGAUAAAUUCAUGCUUUACUUGCUUACUGCUGGAAAGAAAGCCUUGGCAGAUGGUGGAAUUACAGAAGAAGUCAUGGAGAAAAUUGAUAAAACUAAAUGUGGGGUGUUGAUCGGUUCUGCAAUGGGUGGAAUGAAGAUCUUCAAUGAUGCAAUUGAAGCUUUACGGGUUUCAUAUAAGAAGAUGAAUCCUUUCUGUGUGCCUUUCGCAACUACAAAUAUGGGUUCUGCCAUGCUCGCAAUGGAUCUGGGUUGGAUGGGCCCAAAUUAUUCAAUCUCUACUGCUUGUGCUACAAGCAACUUCUGCAUUUUGAAUUCAGCAAAUCAUAUCAUUAGAGGUGAAGCUGACAUUAUGCUUUCUGGUGGUUCAGAUUCAGUAAUGAUACCUAUUGGCUUGGGAGGCUUUGUGGCAUGCAGAGCACUUUCACAAAGGAACAGUGAUCCAACUAAAGCAUCACGACCUUGGGAUACUAAUCGUGAUGGAUUUGUUAUGGGGGAAGGAGCUGGAGUGUUGCUUCUAGAAGAGUUAGAACAUGCUAAGAAAAGAGGUGCAACCAUCUAUGCAGAGUUUCUUGGUGGAAGCUUCACAUGUGAUGCUUACCACAUGACUGAGCCACGCCCUGAUGGGGCUGGAGUUAUUCAAUGCAUAGAGAAGGCAUUAGCUCAGUCUGGCGUAUCUAAGGAAGACGUCAAUUACAUUAAUGCACAUGCAACAUCCACACCAGCUGGAGACCUAAAAGAGUAUCACGCUCUGAUGCAUUGUUUUGGCCAGAAUCCUGAGUUGAGAGUCAACUCUACAAAAUCCAUGAUUGGUCACCUGCUAGGAGCAGCUGGCGCAGUCGAGGCUGUUGCAGCAGUACAGGCAAUACGAACUGGAUGGGUUCAUCCAAAUAUUAAUCUGGAAGACCCAGAUGAGGGUGUGGAUAUGAAAGUGCUUGUAGGCCCAAAGAAAGAAAGACUGGACAUUAAGGUGGCAUUGUCUAAUUCGUUUGGGUUUGGCGGCCACAACUCAUCAGUUUUGUUUGCUCCUUACAAGUAGUAACACAGAUCUAGUGACCAACUCCAACUUUUACUUCAAUAUCACUGAAGAGAGCACCCAGGAAGUCUCUGGUAUUUGAUCUUCUGUUUGGUUGGGUGAAUUGUGACUAUGAAAAUGGAAUUGGUUGGACAGCUGAUCACUUGAGAAGACUGUUGAGGUGUACCCGAGGAGAAUAUUAGGAGCUCACCCAAUGGUUUAUCAAGAAAUACUUUCGCUUCUUAUUGUUGUUAGAAAACUUCCCCAUGUCCUUAAUAUCCACAGUAGGGUUUGAUCUUAUGCGGCAGUCACUGAACCACCGUAAAAGCAGUAGUUGAUUUUGGUUUUCAUGUACAAGUAGUUGGCUGAUCAGAUAACCAACUGUAAUGAAAUUUGAGUUGGCAGUUGCGUGACAUUGUGUUUCUUAGUACUUUUUGUAUUGUAAUUGUAAGUUGGAAUCUAUUUCCGACUACAAAGGUACACAGUUUGAUUA